AGAGUGGGGUUGAGGGUUUGAGGAGAGUGGGAAAGGUAUCAGAUAUUCCUUGUUGAAUCUGCUGAUAGACUACUGGGGAUCUGAAUCCAGGAACAGACAGAAGGCAAAGGACAGAUCAUGACACAAAUAUCACCAGGGCCCUGGCUCCUGACCCCAUACAAACUCUCCCCUCUACGAGGUGCCGUGGAGAGUUCUCCUGGUCUCGGAUUCCGUGAUCCGUUGAGGGUCUGAAGAGAUGGCUGCAGCAGCAAUAGCUGGACUGAUCCCUGUGCUACACUCGGUGGCUGGUGACAAAUCCAGCUACUACAUUGGGCGACAGCUGUGGUUUGGCUUCAUUGCGGUGUAUGGAGUGGUGGUGUACGUGGUGCGCAUGCCCUGGGCCUCCGUCCAUGAAGAUUUCUGGUGCCACGGCAACAUCACCAAUCCUUGUUUGAUUGAGUGUUUCGAAAAACGUUUUAGAAGUCCUGUAGUGGGAAUUUGGUACUUCUUUUUCUUUAUAUUUUUGGCCCUUUUCUUCCUCAUGGAAUUCUUCAUGGCUCAGAUUCGGCACAAGCAGAUCAAAGUCAAAUUAGUGGAGUCAGUGGCAAGUGAAAUGGAGGAAGGCUCCAUGGUGGGGAUCCAGGAACAUGUCCCUUCCCCGAAGAAGUCCAUCCUGAACUUCCACCAGGAGAAGAUGCUUUUGCUUUUGUACCUUCUUUACUUCCUCCUGCAGGUUGGUGCACAGUGCGUGUUUUCUUUCCUUCUCAUGUUCCAACACCUGCCCCUGGUGAACCAAGCCAUCAAUCACUGCAGCACGGACAGCUGCCCCGGGCCCUAUUUCUGCCUGAUCAGGGGUACUAUGGAGAAGCGAAUGUCAAUCUACACCCUUGUCACCUUGUCCUUCAUGAUCAUCCUCUUCUGCUCAGGUUUCUUCAUAUACAGCAUCCAUCAUUACCUGUUAAAAGGGAUUGCCAGUGCUAAGUUUUGGCUUGACUAAUUUUGGAAGGUUUUAUUGUGAGUCUUUCCUCCCUUGCACUAGGAACUUUGUAUUCCUUUAAAUAUUGUGUCUGGGGCAGGGCUUCCUCCUGCUAACUUUCUUUGCUUUAGUCCUUCAUGAAAUAAACCUUGGAUGUUCUGUUUC